UUUAGCCUGACAGUGCAGUGAAUGAGAAGAGAGUGAGGGAGAAAGGGAGACAGACUUUCUCGCUGUGUAUGAAUUACAGAGAAAGCAGCAGAAAAUCAUAUCAUCUUUUACAGGACUGGGUUUUUCUAUUGGAUUACAAACAAGAAGAGAGAUUUUCACAGAACACACAUACAAGGGUAGAAAUGAAGCUUCUAGCGGCCAUAGCAGUGGUGCUCCUCCUGGUGGUGGCGGAGAGUAUGGCGGCCAGAGGCACAUCCAGGAGGACCAAGAGGGAGCUGAUGAGCCCACUGCACAUGGGGGGAAUCAGGGACCCGUUUGGGUCGUACUGCGAGCGGAGAGGGGGCUGCUGCCCGGGCCGGGACGACCAGUGUACGGUGCCCUACCUGGACACCAUCUGUUACUGUGACCUGUUCUGUAACCGAACCAUCUCAGACUGCUGCCCUGACUUCUGGGGCCAUUGUCUGGGCAUCUCACCCCCUUUCAUUGGCACCUGUGAAAGGAACAGCCACAAAUUCCUCUCAGGACAGACAUACAAAGAGAACUGCAACUUAUGUACGUGUGGAACAACUGGGCGUUGGGAGUGUGAGCAGCAUGCCUGUCUGAUAGAGAAUGACAUGAUCCAGGCUGUCAACAGAGGAAAUUAUGGCUGGCGGGCAGCAAACUACAGCCAGUUCUAUGGCAUGUCUCUGGACGAGGGCCUGAGGUAUCGCCUGGGGACACAGAGGCCCUCCAGGACUAUCAUGAGCAUGAACGAGAUGCAGCUGAAUAUGGACCCUCAGAAUGAGCGUCUGCCUCAGUACUUCAACGCAGCAGAGAAGUGGCCUGGAAAGAUCCACGAACCUCUGGACCAGGGCAACUGCGCUGCCUCCUGGGCCUUCUCCACUGCAGCGGUGGCAUCUGAUCGAAUCUCCAUCCAGUCGAUGGGUCACAUGACCCCUCAACUGUCGCCCCAGAACCUAAUUUCCUGUGAUACACGCAACCAAGGGGGCUGUGCUGGAGGCCGUAUCGACGGAGCCUGGUGGUACAUGAGGCGCAUAGGUGUGGUGACAGAGGAGUGCUACCCGUUCUCUGCUCCCCAGCAGACACCAGCAGAGGUGGGCCGCUGUAUGAUGCAGAGUCGCUCUGUGGGCCGUGGAAAGAGACAGGCUACUGCACGCUGCCCCAGCACACACACCUACCACAAUGACAUCUACCAGUCUACACCUCCCUACAGGCUCUCAUCAAACGAGAAGGAGAUCAUGAAGGAGAUUAUGGAUAACGGCCCAGUGCAAGCCAUCCUGGAGGUCCAUGAGGACUUCUUCGUCUAUAAGAGUGGAAUCUACAAACACACAGACGUCAGCUUCACCAAACCACCACACUACCGCAAACACAACACACACUCCGUCAGAAUCACAGGGUGGGGAGAGGAGAGGAACUAUGAUGGGACAACAAAGAAGUUCUGGAUCGCUGCCAACUCGUGGGGGAAGAACUGGGGGGAGAACGGCUACUUCCGUAUCGCUCGCGGUGAGAACGAGUGUGAGAUUGAGGCGUUCGUGAUCGGUGCGUGGGGUAGGGUCACUAUGGAAGACAUGCAGAGCCACCAUCACCGCCGACUCAAGUAGAGACAUACACUCCAGGAACUCAGCACCCUCUUCCCCUACCCUGAGGGAGCAACUCAACUAGCCCCAGAGUGCCUGCCCUUCAGCCCAUACCCUCUUCCCCUCCCUACCCUGGGUGAGCAACCCAACCAGCCCCUGAGGCCCUGCUCUUACUCCUUUACCCCCACGCCAAAAUUUGGGGGAACAACUCAACCAGUUCCCACUCUGACCUUUGGGGGAACCAACAACAACUACCCCAACAACUUCAACUCUUAACCCCUUACCCCCUUGCACCCACCUCCCCUUACGGCAGCCUAGGGGUUUUGAUACCCCAACCGCCCCCCCAACCCAACUCAAGGUUGAUGGCACCAAAACAAGCUCCAGGCCUGCAGGCUGAGAGAGGCUUCUCCAUACAGCCUCCUCUGGCUUCAGGACACAGCAAUAAGCACCUCAGGACUCAUUAUUCCAAAGACCAUCCUUCCCAGACUCCUCGGCUUCAGCCUGGCAUAGACUGUCUACUUCCUACUUCUGUUCUUAAGUCUUCACUUCCACUGCUAUAAUGAUGAAAGAACUGUCUUGAUCUGAACUCUCUCACUCUCCUCUUUCUCAUUGUGUAGCUCUUCAUUUGGCUGCCAUGACAGGUGGCUAUCCAUUUGGCUGCCAUGACAGGUGACUAUCCAUUUGGCUGCCAUGACAGGUGGUUAUCCAUCUGGCUGCCAUGACAGGUGGCUAUCCAUCUGGCUGCCAUGACAGGUGGCUAUCCAUCUGGCUGCCAUGACAGGUGACUAUCCAUCUGGCUGCCAUGACAGGUGGCUAUCCAUCUGGCUGCCAUGACAGGUGGCUAUCCAUCUGGCUGCCAUGACAGGUGGCUAUCCAUCUGGCUGCCAUGACAGGUGGCUAUCCAUCUGGCUGCCAUGACAGGUGGCUAUCCAUCUGGCUGCCAUGACAGGUGGCUAUCCAUCUGGCUGCCAUGACAGGUGGCUAUCCAUCUGGCUGCCAUGACAGGUGGCUAUCCCUCUGGCUGCCAUGACAGGUGGCUAUCCCUCUGGCUGCCAUGACAGGUGGCUAUCCAUCUGGCUGCCAUGACAGGUGGCUAUCCAUCUGGCUGCCAUGACAGGUGACUAUCCAUCUGGCUGCCAUGACAGGUGGCUAUCCAUCUGGCUGCCAUGACAGGUGGCUAUCCAUCUGGCUGCCAUGACAGGUGGCUAUCCAUCUGGCUGCCAUGACAGGUGGCUAUCCCUCUGGCUGCCAUGACAGGUGGCUAUCCCUCUGGCUGCCAUGACAGGUGGCUAUCCAUCUGGCUGCCAUGACAGGUGGCUAUCCAUCUGGCUGCCAUGACAGGUGGCUAUCCAUCUGGCUGCCAUGACAGGUGGCUAUCCAUCUGGCUGCCAUGACAGGUGGCUAUCCAUCUGGCUGCCAUGACAGGUGACUAUCCAUCUGGCUGCCAUGACAGGUGGCUAUCCAUCUGGCUGCCAUGACAGGUGGCUAUCCAUCUGGCUGCCAUGACAGGUGGCUAUCCAUCUGGCUGCCAUGACAGGUGGCUAUCCCUCUGGCUGCCAUGACAGGUGGCUAUCCCUCUGGCUGCCAUGACAGGUGGCUAUCCCUCUGGCUGCCAUGACAGGUGGCUAUCCAUUUGGCUGCCAUGACAGGUGGCUAUCCAUCUGGCUGCCAUGACAGGUGGCUAUCUAUCUCUGGUCUUGGUUAACCCUCUCUCUGUGUUUCUCUGUUGUUGUGUAUUUUGAAAGCCAACCCCUUAGGGACAGAUUGGGAUGGGGAGAACCAGAGUGAUAGAGGGGUAGAUGAUACAGGCACCAGACUGGGCAGUUCCCACAACAAGAGACGAUAGAAACUAACAAUCUACUACAGUUUAGUUUAACGUUAUCACUAACUCUUAGUCUAGCUACUUACAUCGCUGAUUAAUGUAUUCCUAUUACUGUCAGUAGAUCUAGUGCAGUUGCAGUAGCCAUGCAUAUCUUCACAUGUUCCAAAAAUGCAGAAUCUUACACUGGAAAGGGUGUUGGGCUAGAGGUAGGUGCGGUUGAGGGUUUAGUGAGCUGUCCAUUUGACCAAUAAUUCAUUUAAUUCAUUCAUUUACCAAAGAUUGCUGUUUUCUUUUUAGGUUAAUUGCACAGUACAGUAUUGAGUUUAAGCAAGCUCUGGAAGUGAAACUCAAUGCCAAAUUUCUCUUGAGUUUUCAGUACCACAUAAUCUGUUUAUGGAAGAGAUGGUGUCAAUCUUCCAAUGAUAUCAAAUCAACUUUGAUCUCAUGACCAUGACAGCUCUUGACUGAAACCAACUGCUUGAACACAACUUUUCAUUAGAAAUAAUAUUAGUGGAUCAGCCGUUUAUAAAUCUCCCUUAUUACUAUUUAUAAAGAGAUGGUAUAAAAGCAGAGAUGAAGCUUGUAUAAUAUGUGUGGAUGUGAUUGUAGCAAGCAAGGAGCUUAAAAAACAGCCUUUGGAAAAACACAUUCCGUUUAUUAAUUCAACUGGUUGAUAAAAUCAUAUCCUGGAAAAAUAUGAGAUUGAUUGAAAUAACAGUGUUGUCCUUUUGUCUUGAAGAAGGUGAAAUGGUCACCACCAGAUGAUGCCAGAGACAGAAGAGAAAGAGAGACACUUGACUCCCUAAUUCUUUUCUGAUCGGGGUGGAGACACUUUGGGCUACUUAUUGGCCCGUCUCACUUUUUCUGGUUUGGUGGGUGGGACGAGCAAGAGUGGACACUAAGUAGACCAGAGCCAGCUCUUCCCUCUCUCACUUGAGCAUGCCAGACAUUAUGGAGAAGCUGUGAGCUCACACAGGAAAGCAUGUUCACGCAAGAGAGGGAACCGUGACCAUUUUUUUUCAAUGGUAAACAGCCUGAGGAAACCAUCUAAGUUAUCCACUAUCUUUGAUGAUCCUUCCAUGUGACAACUUUAUGGGUUAUCAAAUUCCUUAAUGAAAUAAGUGCAGUUUUUAUGGGAGCCUCUGGUUGAAAGAUUAGACCCAUUGUGUAUUAUAGUCUUAAUCUAUUUCAUUCUGUGUAUUUACAUUUGAGUCAUUUAGCAGAGGCUCUUAUCCAGAGCAACUUACAGGAACAAUUAGGAUUAAGUACCUUGCUCAAGGGCACACAAACAUUGAGAGAUGUUUGUCUCCCACACAAACUCCCCCCUCCCCUGACCAGUUGCUUUAAAGCAGGGGUGUCAAACCCAUUCCAUAAGAGGCCAUACUGUCUGCUGGUUUUUUAUUUCAAUAAAGACCUAGAUGACCAGUUGAGGGGAGUUCCUUACUAAUUAGUGAACUUAAUUAAUCACUCAAGUACAAGGGAGGAGCGAAAACCCGCAGACAAUCAGCCCUGUGCUUUAAAGGGUGCUCAGGAGUGUAUUUCUUUUGCAAAAACACACACAAAAACACACACAAAUCAAAAGGUGAGGAGGUCGCCGCACUCAGCUGCCAAAGUCUGUUCAGUGCUGUUUCAUUGUAGUUUUUUUGUCAGUUUGAUGGUAUAAGCCUAAUAUCUCAGACACAACAUGCCACUAACACUUCAGUAUUUAGCAAUAGGCAUGUGUAGGCAUAUACAACAGACUCAUUGUGACGUUUCAAAGGUUGUGCAUCUCCCCAAAAUGUUUAAGUAGGUAGCUCAAGCAUGUGAACACACAGGUUCUGAUAUACUGAUUUAACUUGAUAUAACUACCUUAUGUAAUGUUGCCCCAGGUGCUCUUUUUAUGUUGUCUCUCUAAUUUUGUUCAAAUUUGAAAUAUAGUUUUGUCAUUAGUUUUUAAUGUAUCAGAUUCCAGAGGUGCCAACAGUCCUUUCAGAGACCACAUCAUAUACAGUCUCAUUCCACAAACUGCUUGGCUUCCCAGAAGUGAUGUAUUUUCAACUGUGACACCUUUCCAAAAUGGCUUCCAGUUGUCACAUUGUUACUGUAACUCAGCCAAGGCUCCUAUAAGCCUACACCAUUUCAUACAUUUCAAGUAGGCCUUUAGUUUUAAACCCCCAUUACAACCAUCACCUCUGAGAAAAGGACAGAGGCGCAAGAAAACAGACAUGUGUGGAUGGACAAGCAAUGUUCAAUGUGGAGGAAGGUUAGGCUAUAGGAGGUAGGGCAGACAUAGCCGCAUGUUGUGUGAACCAUGCGGUCUACAGAAUAUUUACUUUCACUUCAAACGGAGCGAGAGAGGAUGAGUACGAUCAAAUGGGGGGGAUGGUGAGGUGCAUCAUGGGUUUACGAGGCAUGACAGUGCAGAAAGAAUGGAGAACAGAAGGGAGGUGGGGGUUAAGGGGGGGACUGGGGAGGGAGUCAACAGAGCUGAAAACGGAUACGAUGACAUCGUGUUGUUUAGAAAAGACUGCGAUACUGUUAAGUCAGUAUCGCUGAAGCGUUAUAGAACGCUCGAUUUCCUGCAAUAUGUAUUGAAUAGAGCCCUCAGUUGUGUUUUACACUUGACUUUUAAUCCUUUAUAGGUUCUAACCCCUGAUGCUUCAAUAGUCACAUGAUGGACGGACUCAUGCCAAACAUAGCCACAGUUCACAGGAGGUUGGUGGCAACUUAGUUGGGGAGUACGGGCUUGUGGUAAUGACUGAAGCGGAAUCAGUGGAAUGUUAUCAAAUACACUUGGAAACCAAGGGUUUGAUGCCAUUCCAUGUGCGCCGUUCCUGACAUUAUUAUGAGCCGUUCUCCCCUCAGUAGCCUCCACUGCCAUAGCUAUGCAACAAAUCAACAAGUGAAAGCUGAUGUGCAACAUCAUUUAGUUUUUUGGUAGACAUUACAUAAUUUUAUUGCAUUCAUAAAAUGUCACACUUUUUGGUUUAAUAAAAACAAAUCAAUUGUUAAAAUUGUGAGUUCUAAAAGCAAUAUGAAAGGAAUCUGCUAAUGCGUUGCUAGGCAAUAAAGAAGGCUACAUGUCAUUGUGUCAUUUCUUACAUCUUGCAAAAUAUUAACAAGUAGAAUUGGGAGGUGUUUCCGCAUGAUUAAUUUAUUCUAGAUUUUACAUUACCGUUAUAAGCUACCAUAACUGUUCAUAGACCUAGUAGUUUAUUGGUGCAAGUCAAAUCAGUUUUAUCCUUUAAAAUAAUGUUAUAGUACUAUCCCAUUAGUCUAUGAGAUACAGCCCCUAGCCAAUGAAAAACCCCAGGGCUCUGUCCCAAAUGAAACCCUAUUCCAUAUACAGUAGUGCACUACUUUGACCAGUGCCUUGGGACACAGCUAGGACUACUGUAUAAGGUUAUUGUCAAUAUGUUGGCCAACCAGAUGGAUCCUCAUUCCCAUGCAGUCAUCCAGAUAGUUAUGUCCUUAUAGGGAUAAACCAGUGAUAGACAGAUAAGCCUGUCUGGAUCAAUGGGACGAGAUGAGAAGGCAAUUGGAUCCAAGUCAUGCGGAGGAAAGGAAUUUGGCCAAAGCUGGAUCCAAGUUGGUCUGACUGUUUUUAGUUUGAGUGAAUCAUGAUUGUGAUUCACUGGGUUCCAUCUUUAGUCUGCCUAUUCAAGGUGCCCAGAUCUGUAGAAGACACUCUCUCUCGAGUCGACUAACAAUGAGAUCUUUGUCAGUCUUAAAAAACUAUUUGGAUGGUAUUCAGGGGUUAAAGUUACUCUACAUUAAAGAGCCACUCACUCAACCCAACAUGUAUCUUAUACUAUAAGACUCCUUCAAAACCACAGAACCCCAGUCAGAAGUUAUGUAUUCAAAGUCAAAGACCCACUUCAUAUUCAUUGAUACAUAUUUACUUUAUUUAUGACAAGAUGUAUAAAUGAUAUAUUUUAUUUUCUGUGCAAUGUUUAUUAUUAUGAUCUGUCUCUUGUAUUGUGUGCACUAAAUGAAACCCCCCUAUAGUUUUUACCUGUGUGGCACAAUAAAGUCUCUCAAAACAACCA